AUGCAUCAUACAGACAACGCUACGGCUGGGAAUAUUUUACCUGUUUACGACUGUUUGCUGGUUGACUGUGAAAAUAAUGGUUCUAAGUUUUCUAAUGAAAGUGAAUUUAAUAUUACGUCGCCGCAUGAAUUCGUUUGCGAUUUAGAACCACAGCCGGAAAAUUAUUUGUCUACAUGUAUUUUCCAAACAUGUGUUUACAUUACAUACGGUAUUAUAUUUGUAAUAGCUCUUUUAGGAAAUGGAUUAGUAUGUUUCGUGGUACAAUCGUCUCCACGCAUGAAGACAGUAACGAAUUUUUUCAUAAUGAACUUAGCAGUGGGUGACAUACUAAUGACUUUGUUAUGUGUACCAUUUUCAUUUGUGUCAAUGCUCAUCUUGCGUUACUGGCCGUUUGGUGGUUUCAUGUGUAAACUAGUUAAUUAUUCACAGGCAGUGUCAGUGUUAGUGAGUGCGUAUACACUUCUAGCUAUAUCGGUUGAUAGGUACUUUGUGAUAACACGACCUUUAAAACCAAGAAUGGGAAAAACUGCAGCUAAACUUGUCAUGUGCUGUGUAUGGUGCGGCGCAUUAGCAACGGCCGCGCCUAUUAUAGUUGUAUCUCAACUUGAGAAGCCGUCUUUGUGGCAUCAAGUAUGUGAAUUGGACGUUUGCAGCGAGAAAUGGGCUUACCCGGAACAGAGUGAAAAGUACACUUACGCAUUGCUUAUCCUGCAAUUUGCAUUGCCACUCACAGCUCUCGUGUGCUCGUAUGGUCGUAUUACGUAUGUAGUGUGGGGCGUUCGGCCACCCGGUGAAGCGGAGAGCGUACGAGACUUACGGAUACAACAUUCAAAACGCAAGAUGGUCAAAAUGAUGAUAACCGUAGUAGCGGUAUUUAUAGUUUGCUGGCUCCCUCUCAAUAUUUUUAUCCUAUUGUGGACGGCGCAUGAGGAUGACGAAGAGUGGGGAAGAUGGCCUGGCAUGCCAUACGUGUGGUUCGUAAGUCACUGUCUGGCCAUGUCGCACUCCUGCUACAACCCCAUUAUUUAUUGUUACAUGAAUGUGCGCUAUCGCAGCGGGUUUAUACAGGUCAUCGGGAAAAUUUUGCGUUUGAAAAAUGAUGCAGGCAGCCGUUCGUGUCAUCGAUCAAGUGAAUGUGAGAGAGUACCUCUUUCAGAUUUGAUGGGUACCAAUAGAUUUUCGACAAAGCAAAGUAUUUCCAGGUGCAAAUGUAGAAUCUCUAGAGAGGGUCUGAGUAGUGACGACUUAAGUAGGAAAUGUGCGUCGUGCACCUCGCUACGACACAUAUCUUCAACACUCACUAGACCUUCACCACCAGCGCGGGCUCUGUCCGUUCGGUCACACUUUGACUAA